AUAUUAAAAAAAUAACUAACCAAAAUUUACGCUAUUGCUUUGAGUUUCUGAUCCUCCCGGGGAAAUGACUGAUCGAUUCGCUCUCCGAUUCGCUCAUUCUUCUCCCUUUCUAGGGCAUUCCGCUUCGUAUCGCAUCCCAAUCCGCUCUACGUUUACGUUUCAGUUUCAGUUUCAGCUUCCGUUCCCUUUCUCUUUCUCUAUUGCGCACUCUCCUAUUUGCUCCGGCUCCGGUCUGCUUCCUCCAAGUAACCUCCGGCGAAUAUCUCCGAUCAACGCGUCGCCGAAUUCUCUGAUGAAUGAAGUAGGACCGAUGGAACUGAGAGAUGAGUCCGAUUUUGAAGCCAUCUUCUCCGACAGUGAUUAUAUUUCCGUGUGUGGCUUUGGUUCUCUCCUCUCUGAGAGGAGUGCGCGAAGUACCUUUCCUGAUCUGAUCAACUUUAGAGUGGCGAGAUUGAACGGCUUCAGACGCCUUUUCGGAAAUGUAGCUCCUGUAUUCUUUGAGCGCGGCAUUGCUAAACCCGAAACCAAGGAGAUUUCCAGCUUGUGUGCGGAGCCUUGCGAAGGAGAAAAUAUCAUCAUUACGGUUUUCGAGAUUAAGAAGUCUGAGGUUCCAGCGUUUAUACAGAGAGAGAUUGAGUUUCGAUUUCUAGCUGUUCUUCCUGAAACAUUAGAUGGAAAGCUAUAUGAUAAACCAGCGGUGCUUUGUUCUCGAUCCACAGAUGAGGAGUUUUUCCAAGUGAGAUGCAAAGGGGAUAAGGACAUUUUUUUCCAUCAUUAUGGUCGUCAUAAUAUUGAUAAGAUCUGGAGAGAUGAUAUCUUACCUUGCCGCAUCUAUCUUCGACACUGUGUUUUAGCUGCAAAAAACCUGGGUGAUGCAGCUUAUAACAACUUUCUGGAUCACACUUUCCUUGGAGAUCGAAGUACAACCAUCCGUGAAUAUUUGGCCGCUAAUGGUUCAGGCAUUAUGGAAGAGGAGCCUCCCGAAUCCCUCAAGUUUCGAUAUGGCGGUUGAUAUUGGAGAACAGAGUAAUUGCAAUGACUAAUAGAUCCUUGGAAGCCUUACGAGGUACCAUUAUUAUAUUGUUUUUGGGGAAAAAUUAUCUUUUUAGUAUCCAAGUUUUAAAGAAUAUGUAUGUUGGAUCUCUAAGUUUUAAAAAUUCAUUUGGUCCGUGAGUUUUCAAAACAUAUCUUUUUAGUUCCUAAAUGAAUUGAAUGCCUUUCUUAAAAAUUUGGGGAUGGAAAUGAUACCUUUUGAAAACCCAAGGUUCAAACGCACUUAUUUUACCAAACUUGGAAAAUAAAAAUUUAAUUUUCCCUUCUUAAGUUGUACUCUAAGCAAUAAAGUUGUAGAGUAAGAACUUUAAAUGAAUCCAAACCAUCCAUGCAUGAACUUUGAUAUUGAGCUAAAUAAUUUUAUUCUCUAUAGUCUGAGUCAGGAACCUUGAGGCAUCCAGGAACAGUUCUACUUUUAUUUUUGUCAAGGACAUUUGUUUCGGGUGUGGGUGUACGUAAAAUUGAACCCCCAUUAAUAUAAAAGUGGGCUAUAAUAUCAGUUGAAAACCAACAUUAUAAGGAUACAAUGUCGAUUGAGAACCGACAUUGUAGAUCGUUUUAUUAAAGGUCUUCAAUGUCAGUUAUCUUUAAUAUCAGUUGAAAACCGACAUUAUAAAUGACCAAUAUUCCAAUGCCAAUUAUCU